GGACGAAAUGAAUAUAACGAUACAUGAGCCAUCCUAAGCUUGAUUACCUGAGACAGUUUGUUAAACCAAAUGACCCAAAGGAGGAAUAUAAAAUAUUAGCUCCAAUCGGUAGUGGGACAUAUGGCGAUGUUUUCAAGGCAGUUCAUCGGGAGAAGCGAACACUGGUGGCGGUUAAAGUUAUGAAAAUUGAUCUAAAAGAUGACAUAAGAUCAAUCUGUCAGGAAAUACACACUUUGAGGGAAUGCAGACAUCCGAAUAUUGUACAGUUCUAUGGUAGUUAUCUCAGGAAUAAUAAGUUAUGGAUAUGCAUGGAGUAUUGCGGUGGACAAUCUAUGCAAGAUAUAUAUUUAUACACCAGGCGUCCGUUAGAAGAAGACUGCAUCGCAUUUGUUUCUAGAGAGACUUUGCAAGGCUUAAACUUCAUGCAUAAUCGUGGACGUAUCCACAGGGACAUUAAAGGUGCCAAUAUUCUUCUAACUGAUGAUGGCCAUGUUAAAGUGGCUGACUUCGGAGUAGCCGCCCAACUCAGCACCUCAAUCGCUAAAAGAACAACCUUAAUUGGAACACCCUAUUGGAUGGCUCCCGAGGUGGCUUCGAUUGAGUCACGUGGGUCUGGUUAUGAUGGAAGAUGUGAUAUUUGGGGUGUUGGUAUUACUGCCAUUGAAUAUGCUGAACUGCAACCUCCCAUGUUUGAUCUUGAUCCAAGAAAGGCAUUACAAAUUCUUGGAUCACGAAAUUAUAAACCUCCUUCUUUACAAGAUCGCCAUAAAUGGUCUCCACUAUUCCAUUCAUUUGUCAAAUGUUGUUUAAUUAAAAGUGAACGACGGAGACCUGAUGCGGCUACAAUGCUUACUCAUAAUUUCGUUACAAAUCCUCAUUUAUCUACAUUAUUAACUCAACGUCUACUGUGUUAUCGACGACAAUUAGAGUCUACAGCUAAAAAUGCUUAUUCUCAUGGCGAUGGAGGAAUAUCUAUACCACCGAAAAAGAUUUCUGCACCUGCGGGGAAUUUCGUUUCGCCUAGUAAUAAUCAUGCGCCUGGAUAUAUUGUGCCACAACACAAUGCACCUCUAAUAUCCAAUGCAGGUACACCUACUUCAAAACUAAUGAAUGAAUUUACCGACACUCCUGCUGUAGUGAACAAUCUUGCUGUUAGUUGUGGAGUGGGUGCUGGUGGCCCCGUACAUUUUGUGUCAUCUCAGAAACUUGUUCUCGAACGGAAACCUGAUGUAUUCCCCAAUGUACAGAUCCACAACAGUUUAUCUUGCUCCGAUUUAGCAAAUAUGAAUGAUGAUGAUUGUACGAAGAAGUCGUCUAAUGAGACUGCUGAAUCCACUGAUGUAAAUUACACCACACAAGGAAAAGAAAAUAUCACUAAUGCUGAAUUAAAUAAAAAAGACCACUAUUCAUCUGAGAAUACAACAACAACUACAACAACAACAAAUGGUGGAUUGUUAAAGCACUCACUAUCCGACCUAUCCUAUCAGUCUGAUACAUCGAAGACGAAAUCUCCACCUGUACUGCCAUUGAAAAGCACUAGACGUUCUUCUUCUGUAAUUAAUCAUGAUAGUAAUCAUUCUGUAGACUCGAAAAAUUCAUUAAACCAAGAUAAUCAUACAACUGGUGCUACAGCAACAGCUGAGACUAGUCACAUUAUGCCAUCGCCUGUUGUUACAACCACUACCUCUUCUAGUAAUAAUAAUAAACCAAAGCCUAGGCGUCCUUGUCCACCUAUAAUUCCAAUAAAUGCUUCACGUCUGUCAAAUGCAACCGGUGUUGCGGAAAUAUCCCCGGGAACAGGUUGUUUAACUGAAAAUCAUUUAUUUGCAGAUCGUUUACUGCAUGUCAGCUCAGAGGAUUUACUUCGUGAAGUAAUGGAUGCAUUCGAUAAACGGCGAAGUGGUGUUGAUUUCCGUGGAAGUGAUUCUAUCGACUGUUUGGAUACUAAUCAGACAGAUGGUGAAAUUAAAGCCAAUAAUGUUUCACGAAAUGAUGCUGCAAUAACACCUCCACCUAUUCCUCCUGCACCACGUUCACGCUCUAAAAGACGUGCUCCACCUCCUCCACCACAAUCUUCAUCUAAUGCUUUUAACAAUAAUGUUAACAUUACAAAUUCAUCAUUCGAUCAAAUCAUUGAUAUCUCCACUUUAGAAAUUGGUAGUGAUAUUUCAAAAGCUGAUGAUCUAUUCAUGAAUGGACUAUCUGCUCCAGCGCAUGAAAAUCAUGUUGAAGAAACAUCUGGUGAUAUAUCUUUAAAUUAUAAUAUUAAAAUAAUCAGAGAAAAUGUUACAAAUAAUCAAGAGAAAUACAACAAUUCUGUAAGCAUAGAUCAUAAUGGUCAAAUAUCUAUUGUGCAUGAAAAUGAUAGGACAAUGACACCAGCUCCGCCUAGACCACCACCGCCAAAAGUCGAUAAUAAUCAUACUACUGCACCAGCACCAGCAUCAUCAGUUGCAAUUUGGAAAGGGAAACAAAAUGAUGACUCGAAGCAUGUUUCACGUCAACAACAAUUAGAAAUAGGUAUUGGUCUUCCGCCUACACCAAAAGUUCAUAUGGGUGCUUGCUUUAUGCAAAUAUUUGAAGGUUGUCCGCUAAAAGUGAACUCCACAGCAACUUGGGUAAAUCCAGAAACAUUAAGUCAGAUUAUUCUUUUUGGCACGAAUGAUGGUAUUUAUUACCUUGAUUUAGUGAAUUUAGCCGAUGGUACAUUAGAACUGCUUGUGCCAAGACGAUGUCUCUGGUUAUUUGUCUUCAAAGACACAAUGAUGUCUAUAUCAGGUCAACAUCCACAGUUAUUCAGUCAUAAUUUAAUCUCCUUGAUGAAAAAUCGAACUUCACAAACACGAUUUCUUCAUAAGCGUUUUCAGCCAACUGUCAAGGUUCCAGAUACACGAGGAUGUUGCAUAGCUAGUGUGGUGCGUAAUCAAUGCAAAGGAAUGAAAUAUUUAUGCGGUGCUAUAGCGAAAAGUAUUUUUGUUAUGGAAUGGUAUAAUCCAAGGAAUACAUUUAUUGAAGUCAAACGAGUUGAAGUGCCAAAUAUGCCUAACCCAUUGUUGAAUUUUGAUUUACUCAUCAGUCCAGAUCAAAAUUUGCCUAUUGUCUGUUUAGGCGUAUCAUCUACACCAGAUCCACUAGUUUAUAAAUUGCAUCUUGUGAAUUUAAAUGAAGACACAAACGCUUCAUGGUAUACAAAUCCUUGUCGUUCUGAAGAUAAACUACAAGUGAUUAAGGUUGUACAGUUGGAUACACGUUCAUUAUUGAUUUGCUUCCCAACUCAUGCUACAAUGGUCAAUAUGAACGGACGUGUGCUAGUAAGUAGAGAUGGUCGUAUAGCCAAAUUUCCAUUCGAUACAACAGUUGACUCUAUUGUUCGACUGCCUGAUAGCGUACUGGCUUUCCAUACUCAUGGCUUAAGAGGAAUAGAUUUCGCUGGCAGGACUACACAAGAUAUUGAUGACGAUAAACACGUUUACCGACUUCUUGGAAGUGAUCGAAACAUCGUUGUUGAAAGCAGACCAAGUGAUGAUCCAAUGUCUAACUCAAACCUUCUCAUUCUUGUUGGACAUGAAGACUCAACGUGAUCCACAGUAUUUAGUGUCACAACUUCAAAGAAUCUGUAUUUUUAGAUAUGAAUUAUUUAUACUCGUGAAUAUGGCGUUUAAAACAACUAGCUAUCAUUUCUUUACCAUGGUCAGCUGACAAAUAAUGAACUGAAAUAUCCUCCGUUGAAUAUAUUAGCAGUCGGUUCGUUUUUAUAAUUUGCAAUACUUCUAAUGAUAUUUAUUACAAACACAGAAAUGCACACGAUUUGACGACGUUUUGAGGGGAAAGCGAACCCUUUCUGACUGAUUUAAUAAUGCUUAUUUCGUUUAUUACUUUAUUUUGUGUUUAAUUUUAAUUUAUUUCUUUGUUCUUUCUUUAAAAUAUCUUCAGUGUUGAUUACUUUUGUCAAUCAUAACUUGUGGAAACUUGUACAGCCCCUGCCUUAAAAGUGUGUAUUUUCGAUCAACACUUUACUCACUUAUACUCGAAUUCAUUCAACUUAUAACUUGUGCUUUCAGAAACUAAUAAUGAGCCUUGUUUCUGCAACUAAAUUUAUCUUAUUUCUAUGUAUGUGAGACAGAUUUUAAAUACUCUUCAAAGUUACAGUAACCGUUGCCCAGCCAGUUAAACGUAAUACUGGUGAUUCAGUUAGCAAGAGGAUUUAGCUUGGAACAAUCCUGACUAACAUUAUAAUAAUCGAAUAUAGUGAAGCAGAAAUAGUCUAGGGAUAUAUGUAGAAGGGGACAUAGUUCGAAGUAAAUUACUGCAAAGUAUGAUAACAAGUUAAAAACUGACAUAAUCAAUGAAGACAGUAUAUUAACCUGAGUUUUGUAUUCAUAUCAAUUUCAUCAAUAGAUCGAACACUCAUCA